UCUCUUUGCCAAGUAAAGAGCCCCUUCUCCGUUUCCUAUAUAUAUCCGGCUUCUUUUUUUUUUAAUUCACUCGGUCGGUGUUUAAGAAGUAUGCUUCAACUUCAAAUUUUGGUAGUUUUGUUCUCUAAUCUUGAUAUACUGCUGGCUGCUGGAUAUCAGAUAUGUUGAUUUUUUCGAUGAAUAUUGUCAGAGAUAUGGUGACCCUACCUUCAAUUCCAAAAACACUUGCGGGGGCACCGACAUCAAUUUAAAGUGCCCGUUUCAAUUUAGUGGUGAUGAUCCAGAUUUGUGCCCUGAAGCUGAUGUUAUUGAAUUCUCUUGUGAAAAUAAUCGCACUGUUCUAUCCAUGAUUAGUGGUUACCAUCAUACCGGUUCGUUGGUCUUUGUGAGCUGUAAAAAUCCGGUGAAAUCGAAAAAUCCUCCUCUUUAUGUAGACACUGCUUCCUGUAAUAUCACUGCAAAUCAGUUUUCAAAAAUGAAAGCUCCGUCCAAUUAUUACAGCUAUGUUGUGGUUGGUGAAAGCGUGGUGGCAUCUGAUAUUGAAGAGUCGUGCACUGUCUAUAAGACACUUCCAGUAGACCUGCAGCGUCUCCCUAAAGUAUCAGCAGGAGAUAUUUCGUUUCAAGACAUCCACAAUCUUCUGUCUAAUGGCUUUGAGAUCCGUUGGGACAUAUUCUUGGAGUCCAGGUGGAGCAGGAAAUCCUUUCUUUUUUCAGACUUUGGACUUGCAAAACUUUACCCGAUGCAAAAGAGUAUUGCAACUCUUACUGCUGUGAGGGGAACAUUAGGUUACAUGGCCCCGGAGUUGUUCUACAAAAGAAUUGGAAGAGUCUCACACAAGACAGACGUUUACAGCUAUGGAAUGUUACUAAUGGAGAUGGCAGGAAGGAGGAGAAAUGUGGAUGCGCACGCUGAGCAUUCAAGUCAAAUAUACUUCCCUUCAUGGAUAUAUGACAAAUUCGAUCAAGUGAAGGAAAUGGAAAUCGAAGAUCAUGCAACUGAAGAAGAAAAGACAAUUACACAAAAAUUGAUUUUGAUUGCAUUGUGGUGCAUACAGAUGACACCUGAGGAUCGUCCUUCAAUGAGAGAGGUCUUAGAAAUGUUUGAAGGUGAUCCUCGUGGCCUAAAAUUGCCUCCUAAACCGUCGUUUUACCCUCCAGAUUCACCCAUAUCCAUGCAAAGAAGCAACGAUAGUAGUUCUUCUGACGAGUCAACGGCACCCCUGUGUAGCUCUGUUGCUUUAGAAAUAGAGCAGAUGGAUGACUAAGUAGAAUUCGUGCAUUCAGUGAAAUCUUUGUCUAGUGGAUUUGUCUUUCAAACUAUCAAAUAUGCCACCUAGUACCAGAUAAUAUGGCAAACUGAAAUAUCAGUUUGGUAUCAACUGAAGGGUAGAACCUUGAUAUGUGCUUCAUAUAUAAUAGUAAUACCAGCAUCAAUCUUUGAGUUUAA